UUAAUAAAUAAAAAUUGUCAUUAAUUUGAAGAGAAAUACUAAAGAUAAGUGUUAAAUUAAAUUUUUCGUGUAAUGGAUAGACACAUUAACAGAUUGAUAAUUCCAGAAUCAUCGGAAAAAAGUUUAACACGUGCAAUAAGUUAUUCUGAUCUAGCAACAAGUCGUAGAUUUUUUUUUCAACAAUCUGAAAAUUCAAAUGGACUUAUAAAACAAUACAGCUGUGAACAAAUAUUUGAUAAAGAAACAAAAUUAAGACACAUCAAAGUAUCAACAACAAUAAAACCAUCACAACAAAAUUCAUUAACAUGUUGGCGACCAAAUGUCAAUCGUUUUGAUUCAGUUGAAAGUCCUGGAUGUUAUAAUAAUAUAACAGAUAAAAAUUUCGAUGAUGUUACAGAUAAAUUACUUCCCAUGAUUGAACUUGAUGGAUUAAAAAUAUCAGAUGAACCAAUAACAAAUAAAUCAACAAUAUUAUCACAUAAAAAAUCAAAAAGUGAUAAUAUUCAUGAUAUUGUUGAUAUUUUACCUCAAAAAUUACAGCUAAAUACAAUAAAUAAAAAUAAAAAAAUGUUAAUGAAAAUAUUAUUUUUUUGUUUAAUAAUAAUUGCAUCAGUACUAACAUCAAAUUUCAUUUCUGAUUUAACAUCAAAACCAUUUAAUUUUAAAAAUUCAACAAUUGAAUUACGUAAUAAUGUUUAUGGACAAUUUGAAGCUGUUGAAAAAAUUAUAAAUUAUGUUGAUAAUAAUUUAAAUAAUUUUACAGUUAUAACAAUUAUUGGUGGUACUGGUGUUGGCAAGACAUUAACAGCAAGUAUUAUUAAAAAUAAUUUUCCAUUUAAACAAUAUAUAUUUGAAUAUUAUUCACCAUUAAAUCAAAAAUUAUUUCCAUCAUUAUCAUUUUUUUAUUGUAAUUUAAUUAUACUGGAUAAUCUCAGAAACACUGAUCUUCCAGUUAUGAUUAAUUUUAUAAAAUAUUGGCAAGAUCAAGAAAACAAGCCAUGUACAAUGAUAUUGGCUAUUUUUAAUCCUGAAGAAACAAAUAAUAAUCUAGAAAAAAUUAUUAAUCUAGAAAAUAGUCAAAUGAAUAUGCAAAAAAUUUUUAAUAAUGAAAAUAUUCAAUCAGAAAUUGUUGUCUACAAGCCAUUGGAUGAUGACACACUUGAUAAAUGCAUUGAAAAAGAAGCAAGUUUAAUCAAAACCCAAUUAACAUUCCAACAAUUGCAGGAUAUUCGUAGCCAUUUAAUAACAGCACAGAGUGGCUGCAAAGGUGCUCAUGCAAAAGUUGCUCUAGUCGCUUAAAAAGUCAAUUAAAAAAAUAAUAUAUAUUUCUAAAAAGUUCGUAAAUAUAUUUAUAAACAUAAGCCAGCUGAUUGGAUGAUGUAUUAAAUUUAUGAAAAAACCUACAUAUAAUUCGUCCAUGUCUGGGGAGGUAAAAGAGGUUCUCCUUGAAAUUAUAAAAG